AUGGCAGCUGCCAACACUGCCGCCCCGGCGCCGAUCGACUACACCAAAGCCACCGACGGCACUGGUGUCAUCGGUGGUGAUCCAUGGCUUGAACCCUUCGCUGGCGCCCUUCGCGAGCGAUACUCUUUCUACUCCUCCUGGCUUUCCAAGAUCGCCUCCACCGAAGGCGGUUUGGAAGACUUCUCCCGAUCCUACCUCAAGAUGGGAUUCCAAAUCGACCCCGAAAGCCAAUCGGUAAGCUACACAGAAUGGGCACCGAACGCUGUGGAAGCCUCCCUCAUCGGUGACUUUAACAACUGGUCUCGCGACUCGCACAAGAUGAACAAAGAUGACUUUGGUAAAUGGCACGUUACUAUCCCUCCCAUCAAGUCUGGUCAAUGUGCUAUCCCCCACGAUUCCAAGGUUAAGAUCUCCAUGGUCCUCCCCUCGGGUGAGAGAAUCGAGAGGCUUCCUACUUGGAUUCUUCGCGUUACCCAGGAUCUGAAGGUCAGCCCCGUUUACGACGCUAGAUUCUGGAACCCACCAGCAAACCAACGCUACAGGAUCAAACACAAAGCUCCUCCCAAACCAACCAACAUCAAAGUGUACGAAGCCCACGUUGGUAUUGCUACCCCUGAAGCUCGCGUUGGUCAGUUCAAAGAGUUCACCAAAAACCUUCUUCCCCGAAUCAAAGAGCUCGGCUAUAACACCAUCCAGCUGAUGGCGAUUCAAGAGCACGCGUACUACGCUUCGUUCGGUUACCAGGUUACCAACUUUUUCGCUGCUUCUUCUCGAUACGGCAAUCCUGAAGACCUCAAGGAGCUCAUCGACGUCGCUCAUUCCCUGGGUAUUACCGUAUUGCUGGACAUUGUCCACUCUCACGCAUGCAAGAACGUGCUUGACGGAUUGAACAUGUUUGACGGUACCGACCAUCUUUACUUUCACGAAGGCGCCAAGGGAAGACACCAACUCUGGGAUUCUCGCUUGUUCAACUACGGACAUCACGAGGUCCUUCGUUUCCUCUUGAGCAACUGUUUGUUCUGGAUGCAAGAGUACGGAUUUGACGGCUUCCGUUUUGAUGGUGUAACCUCGAUGCUUUACACUCAUCAUGGUAUCGGAACUGGAUUCUCGGGUGGUUAUCACGAGUAUUUCGGUCCCUCGGUUGACCUUGAGGCAGUGGUAUACCUUAUGUUGGCCAACGAUUUGAUUCACAAGGUCAAUCCUAACGCGAUUACGAUUGCAGAAGAUGUGAGUGGAAUGCCUGCACUUUGCAGGCCUGUUAGUGAAGGAGGCCUUGGAUUCGACUACCGUCUCUCGAUGGCCGUUCCUGAUAUGUGGAUCAAGUUGUUGAAGGAGAAGAGAGAUGAAGAUUGGGAUUUCGCAAACAUCUGUUUCACCCUUACCAACCGUCGUCAUCUGGAAAAGUCGAUUGCUUAUGCCGAAUCGCACGAUCAGGCUUUGGUCGGUGACAAGACGCUAGCGUUCUGGUUGAUGGAUAAAGAGAUGUACACCAACAUGUCUGAUCUUACGCAACGCACUCAGGUGAUCGAUAGAGGUCUAGCUUUCCACAAGAUGAUCCGUCUCAUCACUCACGCUUUGGGUGGUGAAGGAUAUCUCAACUUUAUCGGAAACGAGUUUGGCCAUCCAGAGUGGUUGGACUUCCCUCGUGAAGGCAACGCAAACUCUUUCCACUACGCUAGACGACAGUUCAACCUGGUCGACGACCCCCUCCUUCGCUACAAGUACCUCUAUGCCUUCGAUGCAGCCAUGAACAACGCCGAGGAGAAGCACAAGUGGCUUGCUGCACCUCAAGCCUACAUCUCGCUCAAACACGAGAGCGAUAGAGUCAUAGCAUUCGAGCGCGCUGGAUUGCUGUUCGUAUUCAACUGGCACGCAAACACCAGCUUCACCGACUACAGGAUUGGUGUCGACGUUGCAGGAAAGUACAAGGUGUUGUUGGAUAGCGAUGCAAACGAGUUGGGCGGUCAUGGCAGAGUGCAUCACAGUACCGAGUAUUUCACGACGGAUAUGCAGUGGAACGGUAGAAGAAACUUUGUUCAACUGUACUUGCCUAGUAGAAGCGCUAUUGUACUUUACAAGGCUGAUUGA